AUUUGGGUCGGCGAUAAAAAAAAAAACGUAAGCAUGUCGUUGAACUUUCCUUAAAUGAAUGAAGUAAAUACACGAUAAUUGCAGACAGAAGAAAACGUACAACCAGGAAUUGUUUCUCCAAAAUUAACCAUUAAUUUUUAUGCUGAAUCCGUUCCAAAAAUGUUUGUCUACAAAGGAAGCUGAUCGGAAUUUUAUUCGAGUUAAAGGUGCAUGUUCCUGUAACAUUGUUACAAUAUCUGCAGAUGUAAUAUAUUAUAGUCCAAUUUUUUUUAAUAAUUACCCAUAUCUGAGAACUGAAGAUAUGUCACCAUCUAAAUGCCCUCUGUGUGGAGAACUGGCAAUUGUGGAAGACACCCAUGGUCUUGAAGCUUGUCGCGUGUGUGCUGAGUGUGGCUAUGUCCUGUCUGAGGUCACCCUCAUGUCAGAAAUCCAGUCAACUGUUUCUGAACCCAUCAGAGGUGCAUCUGUUGCUCUGACGAUGGCCUUGAAACGGAAGGCGUCUGAUCCUAUUGGACUCACUGAGUGCUUGCGGCAGAUAAAAGGUUUGGGGAAGAGUAUGACAUUCUGCGACGCAAUGAUUGAACAGGCAUCUAAUAUGUUCAUGGAGAUAUACAAAAAUGACAAAUUUCGCUUCAGACAUUCAGAACUUAAAAGGGCAAUGAGUGUGUGUUGUGUGUAUAUUGUAGCAAGAACGGGCAGCUAUCCGGUGACCAUUCGCGAGAUAGUUUGCAUCAGUAGUAUUUCACUGGUGCAGUUUGCUAAAGCUUAUAAGCUAGCCAAGUUAUGCCUUCAUAUGACCCCUGUCCUGACUCCUAGUAUUGGUCAGGUCUGUGGCCAUGUGUUUGCCUCGCACAAACUACCAAAGUCGCUGCUAGACCAGACCCAACGUCUUCUCUUACUUUGUGAUGAAACAUGGACCACAUUCUCCUCCAGCAACAAGGAGAACGUGGUGGCCAUGUGCUCAUUUAUUGUAUGGCAGGCUCACAACAGAGAGACACAAAUCAAAACAGACUGCAAGACCUUUUGUGAAACUUUCGGAUUUUUAAAACAGAAAAUAUUUCAACAGCGUUUGUUUCAUCAUAUCCGGCAUCUCAUUUUAUCAAUGGGGAAAAAGUUACCAUGGCUUGAAACAGAACUGACAUUGAAGACUCUUCCUUGGUAUCUCCAGGAUAUACUAGAAUACAAGCAUAGCUUAAUUCGGAAGAUAUUUGGUCAGUAUUCAUCUGAAGAAGAUGGCAAUGAAAAAAAUAAUGAAGAAUUAUCUUUGCUCCGACCAAGUAAAAAACCUAGGACUGAUGGUCUUGAGGAAACAUUAAAAGCAGAGAAGCAAGUGGAACAUUUUAUAAAGCAGCAUGGUUCUUUAGAUAAUCCAGAGAUAACAGAAGCUGAGUUUGCAGAUGAAAUUAAUAAUUUGAUCAAAUAGACAGAACUUGAGUCACUAAUAGCUUGUUGUUUAAUAAAUAAUUAAUGCAACCCA